CUCUAUGUAUUAAACCAAUUUUAAAUAUAUUGUUGCAGAACAGAAUGGAGGGAAAGCUAGUUAUUCAGUUAUUCUAAAAUUGCCGUUAGAUUUUCUUAAGGAAUAAUCACGUGGCAUUUGUAUGUUUUAGGUUGAGGAUGGGGAGCUGCAUCAGCAGAGAGGAUCAGCGACAGCAGAGACGAAAGAGAAAUGUUGGGAGGGAUGUUGAAAAACAUGCCUCAGUAUUAACAUGUUUCUUUUGCAAAGAAUGCAUGACAAGCUACAUGGAAAUAGAUCAUAUGAAGAAUGCCGGGAAAAUUGUCUGCAGCAGGUGUAAACGUUCAGUUUCCACUAAGAUUGGCGAAUCGACGACACCAAUUGAGAUUUAUCUUAUGUGCAAAGACAUAGCAGAUAGGCAGAAUGGAACAAAUACCGACAAGUAAAGAAAAUAACAUGGAAAAAACAGCGUUGAUGUCACUUUCAAGAAAAUGCUAUCUGAUUUAUGGUUCGCGCUGAUUCGGUCUGUAAUAGUUAACGUAUUGCAAUGUGCAUAUACAUAUAUGUAUAUAUAUAAUUGUCUGUAAUUUUCUUGACAUUUUCGAUGCUGCUCCUAUUUUUAUUUUAUUUUUUUCAAUAAUUUUCAUUUGCAACUCGAAUAUGACUAUGUAUUUCAAUGCGUAUUAGGGUCUCAUUAUACAACGAUUGCUAAUACUGCAAUCGCGAUAUUGACACGUAACAAUGAUUACUAUUACAUGAUGACUAUCACACGUUUAUUAUUGAUAACGACAGUUUAUUAUAAAACAUGACGAAAAUUUGUAUUAUUAAAUGAAAAUACUUUUGCUCUGUUACACACAAGUAAGUUAAGA